GAAGGCCCUGCCGCAGGGACAAUCGCUGAGGUGCAAGCUCGGCCGCGGGACGGUUCCGUCUACUGGCGAGGAGCACUAUAUGUGCAUUGCGAAUCUCAUUUCGUUAUGAGAAUAUCCUUGUCUACCAAUACAUAUCGUGUAAUCAAACCACCACCGGGUUAUGACGCAAACAGAUAUCCAGUUCCUUGUCUACAAAGAUCGGAAAAGGGUGUCUACUUUGUGUCACUUGAUAACUAUCUUCUUAAGGUUUGGAUCCUCAAGGAAUCAUGUGAUGGUCAAAUAGAGUGGGUGUUGAAGCAUGACAGAGACCUCGAGCCCGUGCUAGCAGGUCACCGUCUUCAACAAGUUCAUGGACCCUGGAUGUUAAAAGGGAUCAACCACAACUCAUUCUGCACUCAUAUUCCUGAAGACAACAAGGACGCUAUAGGUGAAGAGAAGCUUGAGUGGAGUUCUGACAGUGAUGGUCUUCUUGACAAUGAAGGCACGGUUCAAGAGCGUACCUCUGAAGACUGUUACUCCAACAAUGACAGUGGUGCUUUUCUUGACAACGAAGAUAUGGUUCAAGCACGUAGCUACGAAGAGUGUUACUCCAACAAUGACAGUGAUGAUGUUCCUGACAAUGAAGAUGUGAUUGAGGACAACGAGAAAGCAAUUUUUGAAGAGAAUUUUGAAUCUGAAGAGUGUUACUGGAUUGACGAUAUAUGUGAGAUUGACUUCCUCGGGCUUCACCCAUACAGAGAGGUCCUCUUCCUCUGUGAAUCAGCCAAGACAGGACUGGCCUAUCAUUUGAAUAGCUUGAAGAUCGAAUGCUUAGGCGAUAUAUACCCAACAGAUUAUGUCAACUACGGUGGUUACGGGUACGAUAGGGAUGAAAUGGACAGGGUCAAAUAUGCUUUUAUGUACACACCAUGCUGGAUUGAAGAGUCCCCUAGAAACAAUUAAUUUAUAAGUCCGUCACCAACAUUAGCAUUUGUUGGCCACAAGCCAUUGGUGCAACAGCAGG